UAAUAUCAAUUAUUUCCAGCUUACUAUUAGUAGGUUAUUUUUUUCACACGCUGACUGAAAGUGCUGCUGUGAUUUUGAUCUUUUCCGUACUAGUCUGUUACAGUUAAUUUGUAUGCUUUCUGAUUUAGUUAAUAUUAUUUUAUUUUUAACGUUAUUUAUUUUAUCUAAUUAUAUUUUUUACAAUUUAUAAGUAUUUUAGUAAACUAGUAAAAAUGCCUAGCCCUAUCAAAAAACCUAGGUUAGCAAACGAACUUAAUGAUUGUGUGCUGGCUUUUUCAAAAUUAACUGAACACGCCUUACCACCUUCCAAAGGCAGCAAGUUAGCUGCUGGAUAUGACUUAAAGAGUGCUUAUGCUUAUACUAUUAAAGCUCAUGGAAAAGAGUUGGUUAAAACAGAUAUUCAAAUUAAAGUUCCACAUGGUACCUAUGGACGUAUUGCUCCUAGGUCAGGUUUAGCAUGGAAGAAUUUUAUUGAUGUUGGAGCCGGUGUUAUUGAUGAAGACUAUAGAGGAAAUGUAGGUGUUGUACUAUUCAAUCAUUCUGAUGAAGAUUUCAAUAUACAACCAGGCGAUAGAAUUGCUCAAUUAAUUUGUGAAAAAAUAUCUUACCCUGAAUUGAUGGAAUUAGAUACUUUGGACGAUACAGAACGAGGAGUAGGUGGUUUUGGAUCAACUGGAACCCAAUGAAGUUAUGGUUUUCAUUUUUAUCAUACAUUUAUGUACAAGCUUCUAUUUGUCAUAUGAUUUAUAAUUUUUGACUAAGAUUGUCUUUUUUUUUUUUUUAUCUGAAAAUAUAAUUUUGUUUGUAAUUUAUCUCCUAUGUAAUUUUAUGAGAAAAAAAUAAAUGCAAAAAAUAUGUA